AUGGUGAACGACACCAAGGGUCCCUCCGUUCUGUUCGCCAUGGCAAACAGCACCCUCUUCGACUCGGCUCUGCCGCCACUCCCUUCAUACACCCUUGAGCCCAGAGGGGACUUCUUUCCAUGGAUAUCUGACUUCUGGCUUUCGCUCGUACUGCCCGUGAUUGUCUACUGGGUAAUGUCGCUGUUCUUCCACAUGAUUGACGUCCUGGAUGUCUUUCCACAAUAUCGCCUCCACACACCCGAAGAGAUUUUGCGCCGAAACCAUGCCUCCCGAUACGAAGUCGCUCGCGAUGUCGUUAUUCAACAGAUUAUACAAGUCGCCACAGGUGCGGUUUUGGCCUUGUCCGAGCCUCCCGAGGUGAUUGGAAAGGCUGAAUACGAUGUUGCUGUCUGGGCCACCAGACUUCGUCUUGUCCAGCGAGCCCUGCCCGGUUGUCUGGGCCUUCUUGGCCUCAAUGCCACUGCUAUUUCUAAGAGUAUGUCUGCCACGCACCCGCUGCUGGCUGGUGCUAUUGCUGGCGGCUACUACCCGUUCCUGUCGACAGCCGGGUCUGCUGCGCCGACCUUUGCUCCAUGGGAGAUGGCAGUUGCCAAAUUCAUCUACCACGUCCUUGUUCCGGCCUUGCAAUUCUUUGUGGCUGUCUUCUUCCUCGAUUCAUGGCAGUACUUUCUGCAUCGCUUGAUGCAUGUGAAUCGAUGGAUGUACACGACUUUCCACUCCAGACACCACCGACUCUACGUUCCAUACGCCUACGGUGCUUUGUACAACCACCCCUUGGAAGGAUUCUUGCUCGACACACUUGGUGCUGGCAUUGGCUUUAAACUCACGGGUAUGACGGUUCGACAGGGAACGUGCUUCUUCGCCUUUUCCACAAUCAAGACAGUUGAUGACCACUGCGGAUACGCCUUCCCCUGGGACCCUCUGCAGCUCAUCACUUCCAAUAACGCGGCCUACCACGAUAUUCACCACCAAACGUGGGGAAUCAAGACCAAUUUCUCCCAGCCAUUCUUCACCUUUUGGGACUCAAUCUUGGGCACCAAGUACAAGGGCCCUCGAACCGACAGGCUUGCUGAUAAGAAGCGAACCGAAAAGACGAAGUAG